AUGUCACUGUACACGUCACUGUACACAUACACUCCACCGAGCGCGCCGCGCACGCUGUGCUCGCGCAGCUGCCGCCCGCGCUCGACCUGCGACACAUCGCGCUCACGUAACUACACCGCACCACCACCAGCCACUGUACAUGUCACUGUACACGUCACUGUACACAUACACUCCACCGAGCGCGCCGCGCACGCCGUGCUUCGCGCAGUUGCCGCCCGCGCUCGACCUGCGACACAUCGCGCUCACGUAACUACACCGCACCACCACCAGCCACUGUACAUGUCACUGUACACGUCACUGUACACAUACACUCCACCGAGCGCGCCGCGCACGCCGUGCUCGCGCAGCUGCCGCCCGCGCUCGACCUGCGACACAUCGCGCUCACGUAACUACACCGCACCACCACCAGCCACUGUACAUGUCACUGUACACGUCACUGUACACAUACACUCCACCGAGCGCGCCGCGCACGCCGUGCUCGCGCAGCUGCCGCCCGCGCUCGACCUGCGACACAUCGCGCUCACGUACCCAGUGUCGUACAAGGAGUCGUUGAACACGGUGCUCAUACAAGAAGCGAUCAGGUACAACCGCCUGCUCGGCAUCAUCAACAACUCGCUACGGGACCUGCUGAAGGCGCUGAAGGGUCUGGUGGUGAUGUCGGAGGCGCUGGAGAGCAUGGCCAACAGCAUGGCGCGCAACGCCGUGCCGCUCAUGUGGAGCUCCAAGGCGUACCCAUCGCUCAAGCCGCUUGCGGCGUGGGUGAAGGACCUGUGCCUGCGCGUGCAGUUCAUGCAGGGCUGGGCGGACACCGGCAUCCCCAAGGUGUUCUGGAUCUCGGGCUUCUACUUCCCGCAGGCGUUCCUCACCGGCGCGCUCCAGAACUACGCCAGGAAACACGUCAUCGCCAUCGACACCAUCUCCUACGCAUUUGAGCCGCUGGCGAGCGCGCCGCUGAAGAAGCCGGAGGACGGCUGCUGCGUGCGCGGCCUGUUCCUCGAGGGCGCGCGCUGGAACUCGGGCGACAUGACGCUCGAGGAGAGCCGCCCCAAGGAGCUGCACACCGAGAUGGCCAUCAUCUACAUGAAGCCCGAGCAGGGGCACAAGGGCGUGUACAUGUGCCCCGCGUACAAGACGCUGGUGCGCGCGGGCACGCUGUCCACCACCGGACACUCCACCAACUACGUCAUGACCAUCGAGCUCCCCACGCACAAGCCGCAGCCGCACUGGAUCAAGCGCGGCGUCGCGCUCUUCUGCGCGCUCGACUACUGA